UCACAGUUGAUCUGAAACCAAAAUUUCGAAAUCACGCGUUUGAUAAUCUUCUUUUUCAUUUUAUUGCGAUUCCUUCGAAAGAAUAAACUUCACAAUUUAACUUACUAACUUUUAGAUUUUCAAAAUAAAUUUCUGAUAUAUCUAGAACUUGUUGCUUGUCAGUUCUUACACAUUUGUGAGCUGAGUUGCUUAUUAUCGUCGUUUUCUGUGCGCUCGGGAAUUUUCCCCGCGCUGUCAUACUCCACGAUGUCGCUCUUCCAGAACAGCCUGCGUUUCGUCGCCCGCAGCCCUCUCCUGCGUCCCCGCCACCCCGACCCCCUCGUUCUCACCGCCGCCUACCACGAGAACGUCAUAAAGCACUUUGAAGCCCCGCAGAACGUCGGCUCCCUCAACAAGGACGACGCCAACGUGGGUACGGGACUGGUCGGUGCUCCCGCCUGCGGGGACGUGAUGAAGCUGCAGAUCAAGGUGGACGAGCACGGGAAGAUCAUCGACGCCAAAUUCAAGACGUUCGGGUGUGCGUCGGCCAUCGCCUCCAGCUCCCUGGCCACGGAGUGGGUCAAGGGGAAGUCGCUGGAUGAAGCGGCCAAGGUGCGCAAUACGGACAUUGCCAAGGAGCUGUGCCUGCCCCCGGUCAAACUGCACUGCUCCAUGUUGGCGGAGGACGCUAUUAAGGCGGCGCUGAAUGACUACAAGGUGAAGCGGGACAAGAAGGACGGGGAGGCGCCGCGCGCGGCCGCCGCCAACUGAGUGCGGGGUGGGUGCCAGGCUGUUUGGUUUCUCCGUGCAACUGUGAGAAUUUUAAAUUAUAAUAUUCGAUAUAUUAUCUAUAGAAUUUAAGUGAUUUAAUCCUUGCGCUGGGCUUGCUUUGGUAAAAAUAAUUUUCGUGUUAUUUGCUUGGAAAUACCGAUCGCUUAGUAUGCGACAGCUGUAUAACUUGACUGCGCCGCAAUACUUUCCAGUUUAAUCUUCUGUUGGCAGAUUUUUCUGUGCGGAUUUUAAUGAAUAAUUCUAAAUAAACAACAAACAGUAGAA